AUGAACGGUCCAAUGCUAAAUUUUAUCAUAUUUUGUACUUUAUCGGAAAUCAUUUCUGCAAUUACUUUCAGUUCAUUCAACAGUAAUACGGCAGGAGCGAAUUCAUUGAAUAGCAAUGCAAACAUAUUCCGCGGUGGCGCUGCUGGUGGCACCAGCCAACCGAACCUUCUCGGUUUUUUGCGGAACCAAUUUGGCGGAUUUGGUUUCGGCAAUACAUUUUCCCCAUUUGGCCGUGGCUUUGGAUUUUUCCCAUUUGGCCGUGGCUUUGGAUUUCCCCCAUUUGGCCGUGGCUUUGGAAUUUCCCCAUUUGGCCGUGGCUUUGGAUUUCCCCCAUUUCGCCGUCGCUUUGGACGAAAAUAA